GAGUCAGAGCCAUGCAAAUUAUUUACGGGAAAAGCCCUGGUUCUGUGUUAGCUAAGCAGCCCACUUUAAUGAAUAUUUAUAAUUAGGGUGGAUAAAUACCCUGUGGAAAGUCCCCCUGAGCUGCAGGAGCAGGAGAGAUCCGCUGUGAGUCCGAGCUGAUAAAGAAUUCCGGCUCUCUGGUACCUCCAGCUGUGCCAGGGAGUUCACUCCGGCUGAUUUCGUGUCCACACUGGUCCCUGUGGCCUCUCCCCUCCAUGGCCCUCCUGGCUCUCACCCUGGCUCUGCUGGCAAUGACCGUGGCAACCACGGCCAUAACAGUGAUACCCCUGGACAUGGCCUGGAACUCCUUCGAUGACCAGUACCAGGGCUGUGGCCCUGAGAUGAAGGCGGCACUGCCGGCCCUGAACCACUCUGAGUUCCAGGAGAAUCCUCUGUUUGCCAAGGUCUGGCCUGAGGCCGUGGAAGAGUGGCAGAGACGGGGGUCCCCUCUGUCCCCUCUGUCAUCCUCAGCACAGGCCAUUGCCAUAAUGGCCUACACCAUGAUUUACCUGCACAAGGAGUUCAACAACGCAGUGAGAGUGGCCGGGCGCUCCCCACAGGAAUACCGGGACAACUUCCACUUCAAAACUCUGCAUUUCCUGCUGACCGACGCCCUGGCCACGCUGAGGGCUGCUCAGAGGAAGCAGGAAUGUCUCUGUGUGUACCGGGUGGUGGACAAGUACCUGUUCCAGGCAAAGGUUGGCGACAUCAUCCGGUUCAGUCAAUUCGCGCCGUCGUCGCUUUGUGAAAAUGUCAUCCAAGAUUUUGGGAAAACCACGGUGUUCAAGGUGCAGACGUGUUACGGCGCGAACAUCAGGAAAUUCUCCAGAUAUCCCAGAGAGGAGGAGGUGCUGAUCCCACCCUUCGAGAAGUUCACCAUCAUGAAAGUCAUCAAGGGAACAGGGAACGUCCGAAUCCACCUCAAGUCCAUCGGGACCUACAGCAAAUACAACUGCGAGUGGCUGAAAGGUGGGAGUGUCCCCAGGGUCCCCGCCCACCUCGGAGGACUCCUCCUGGCCACCACAGCCUUGGCAAUGGCCACCGGGAUCCUCUGAGCCACGAGGUCAUCGAGAUCCCCAAGGUCACUGUGGUCACUGUGACCACCAAGAACACCAGCACAGCUACAGAAAUGAGAUGUCUUACGUUGCAACACAGGUUGUGACUAAAAGUAUGUAUUGUAUCACCAUCUGUUAAACCAGCUGGGGCAAUCAUCUUCAUCUUUCCCACAGCCCAUCCUCCCUCCAGGAGAUAUCUCCUGUUCAUGGCCAUUGAGUCCCAGGGCAUGACUGAUAAAAUUCCAUCAUCCCACUGGGAGAUGCUCCAGCCAGGGGAGGAGCCAAACAUUUCCUACCUAGCAUCAGUGUUGCCCUGGGAAAGGCAGCUUGCAAUAAUAGAUAUAAAGGAUUGCUUCUGUGUAUCCCCCCUCUGUCUCCAUGAUGUGCCCAAGUUUGUCAUCUCUGUUCCCUCCCCGAACAGACAGGGCCCUCUCAAUGUCACCAUUGGCUUGUCCUUCUCCAGGGAAUGAAAAAUUCCCCCUCUAUUUGCCAGUGGUAAAUUACCCACAUCCUGUCACCCAUCCAGAACCCGUUCCCCAAGACAAUCAUUCAUCACUUCAUGGAUGAUAAAUUGGUCUGUGCAUCAGAGAAAACUUACCUGGGCAGGACUGAUAAUAAAACAGUAAAGACCAUCAAAGAGGCUGGGUUUGAGAUUUGGGAAGAUAAAAUUCAAUACCCCUGCCCUUGGACUUAGCUUGGAUUCUGAAUGCAAGAGUGGACCAUGGUGUCCCAGCACCAUGCAGGAUGACCCAAGGACCCCAAGAGACUUGCACCAAUCAUGUGGAUAUAUCAGUUGGGUACGGCCUCUGCUGGGGAUCAUGACACAGGACCUCAGACCCAUGUUCAAUCUCAUUUCUCAGAGUGAGAACCUGGAUUUGCCACCAACCCUCACACUGGAAUCCCAAAAUUCUAUCAUCAAAGUGCAGCAGGCCUUGUCUUCACACAGAGCCCACCGUAUUGAGCCCAGCCUGCCUCUCCACCUCAUCAUCUUAGCUAAGGCACCUCGCUUUCAUGGCCUCAUCCACCAGUGGGACUCCAGACAAAAGGACCCACUUCGAAUCACUGAAUGAGUAUUUACACAAAACUAACCCAUCAAGACGAUUGUUAUGCCACACAAAAACAUUGCACACCUUGUAAAUAAAGCCAGAGCUUGCCUCA